AUGGUUUCAGAAAAUUUUAAUAUAGAAGCUCCCAAUUAUUUGUCCAAGGAAUCUGAAGUUCUCAUUUAUGCCAGACAAGAUUCACAGUGCAUUGAUUGUUUCCAAGCUUUUUUACCUGUGCACUACCGCUAUCAUCGGCCACAUAGUAAAGAUGGAGAAACCUUUAUUGUGGUCAGUAACCCUGAUUUACUGAUGUAUUGUGACCAAGAGUUUCCAAUUUUGAAAUGCUGGGCUCAGUCAAAAGUGGCAGCUCCUUGUGCUCUGAAGAAUAAGGAUAUUUGCCAAUGGAACAAUAUGAAAUAUAAAUCAGUGCAUAAGAAUGUGACUCUACAGGUUCCAGUGGGACUGACUAUACAUACCACUUUAGUAUGUUCUGUCACUCUGCUUAUUACCAUCCUGUGUUCUACUUUGAUUCUUGUGGCUGUUUUCAAAUAUGGCCAUUUCUCCCUAUAA